AUGGGUUCUGUCAAAACACCUUUUGAGAGCGUCCAAGCAUGCUGGGCGCGAGUCUCUCAAAAUUCCCCAGUCUACAAAUUUUUCCUGUCGGACAUCGAACUCGUCAGUGCUACAGAUGGCUCCAUGGUCGCUCGACUCCCUGUCUCCGCAAACCUUCUCAAUUCCAAAGGUGGAUUGCAUGGCUCAGUAUCUGCGACCAUCGUUGACUGGGCAGGCGGAAUGGCCAUUGCCAGCACGGGCCUCGAAAAGACUGGAUUGAGUACUGAUAUCCAUGUUUCCUACGUCUCGACGGCAAAGUUGGGCGAUGUUUUGACCAUCGAGGGAAAUGUCAGCAAGGUGGGAAGAAAUUUGGGCUUCACAACCGUCGUCAUUUACAAAGGCGAAGGGACAAACAAAACUGUGGUGGCUCAUGGCACUCAUACCAAAUACGUUCUUCGAGACCGGGAGCAGGACAAGAGCUCGUGA